GCACAAAUUUCACCCUCACUCCUGUUUCUGUGUUGCCUUUUUCCUCAUCCCUUCGCAUCUCGUCAUGUUCAGGUUCAUAAGGCAACCUCUUUAAAAACGUUUAGUCCGUUUUAUCCGGGGCAGAAAUGGACAAAGAUAGGUGACAGUCCGGCUCACCAGCGGCGUUACACGAAUGCCACGAAGAAGAAGCGGCGCGCAGGGUGUGGUGGGAUAGGAGGCUUCUCCGUGGAGGACCCGAGCGAGAGCCCCAGCUGGCUGCAGAGAAGAUGGCUGCAGCGGGGACUUUCAGGCCGACGUCUGGAGACAAGAGCACUUCUCGUCAUGCCGAGUGCUGACCACCGGCUCCCCGACGUGUCGGUCCCUUCCUUCGUUGAUUCUCCUCCACUCAGUUGAGAUUGGACGGGGUGUGUGCAAACAUGGGGUCUCAAACUCUACAGAUCCUCAGGCAGGGGCUGUGGGCUUCGAUCACAGGCGGAUGGUACUACGACCCCCAUCAGAAUACGUUCGUGAACGCGUUGCAUCUGUACAUCUGGCUGUUCCUGCUGUGUUUCCCCUUCACGCUGUACAUGGCCCUGCCGCCCACCCGGGUGAUCGUGGGGGUCUACUGCGGCGUCAUCGGCACCACCUUCCUGCUGCUGAAGACGGUCAACUACCGGCUGCACCACGCCCUGGACGAGGGCGAGGUGGUGCAGCGGGGGGGCAAGGAGGCCCCGGGGGGCGGGGCCCGCGGCGAGGGCCCCCCCGCCGAUGGCAACGCCCGGCAGGAAGACAGCAACGGGCCGGGGUGAGGGACGCACACAGACAGGGCGGACAGACGCACACGCACGCACGCACACACACGCGCACGGGUCAUAGAGACUGUACUGGUGGCUGUUCUGGAUGUCGGUCACCGACGUCAACGCAACGGGGCUUUUAUUGUGAAAGUCUGUUCUUGAUAAAACACACACACACACAUACAAUCACACACAAUCACACAGAAACACACACUAACACACAGAAACACAAUCACACAGAAACACACACACUAACACACGCUCAUCACAAAUGCACGCACACACGCACACGCACGCACACAAAAUCAUACAGAAACACACACACUAACACACAGAAACACAAUCACAUAGAAACACACACGCUAACACACGGAAACGCAAUCACACAGAAACACACACUAACGCACACACAAUCACGCACACUGACACACACUAGGUUAAAGGUUAACAGUCUUAUUGUGAAAGCAUGAAGUGUAACUGUGGUACAGGACGAGAAGCACACCGUGACGCAUCGCACCGGAAGACGUUAAGUUUCCCUCAGCGGUGGAGCGCACAAAAAUAAUAUGAUUUAGUUCCUGCGCACAGGAAUUUCCAGGGCUGAGAACCACAGGACUGACGUAGGUUCUCGGGCGCUGGGUCUCUUCAGGUCCACCCUGAAGCUUUCCUUGGAUGAGCCACUUUUACUCUUAAGGUCAUCAGCCUCGGCGAAUGAGCAGCCCUUCUCUGUCAACACCCGAAGUGUUUCCUCCGAUAGGUCACCGAGCAAAUGGAGAUGUACUUUAAAAGUGGUGAGCUGUACUCCCUGCGCACACUGUACGUCCUGUACGUCCUGUACGUCGAUAUCUCUGCAUCCGUGUCAGUAUAGCGUAUGCGGCGUAUUAGGUAUCCUAUAUAGGAGCCAUGGACGUGAGACAUCUCUCAGAAGUUUGAGUGCUGGUGUGAACGUCUAAGAAGACGGCUCUCAGAGGAGCGCAGGGAGGAGA